UGGAAUCAUGCUUUAAUCAGUUGCGUCUCGUUUUUUCCUCUAGCUUUGCUUAAAUUUCAAUUUCGAAGGGCAAGAAGAAGAUAACAAGCAAUUAAGGCUCCGGAUUCUGGAUCCUCCUUGCAGUCGUUCAAUGUUAACGACUUGGAAUCGAGCAAUUCGAGAACUGGGUUAAUCGACUGGAGUCCGAUUUCUCAGUUCUCGAGUACAAAUCGCGAUGCAGCGGUUGAGGGCCUCUGGGUUUUCUGUUUCUGCUUCUCAGGCCGUGCCUCGGUUGAGGAGAAAAGCUUUGAACACAUGGUCAUCUGUUCAAGAUGCUUAUUUUUCGACCAAGGAUGUUUUUGAGAGGCAUCGGGUGGUAUUUACAGUCUCAACUUCUUUGGCAUCGAUUGCUACAGCAUGGUUUGGUUAUUCUUUGAGGUACCUUCAUCAAGCUAAGGUUGAGGAAAGGCUCGAGUCAAUUGAAAAUGCUAUGAAACACAAUUCUCAUAUUGAACAUGCUGAGAUUAAGAAUAUGGUUGGUUCAGGAAAUGUCAGCACUGCAGCUUGUGUUGCCACUGCUGGAACCUCUUUAGUUAUUGGGUAUGGCUUGGGUUGGAGAGGUGGCAAAUGGUUUGCAAAUAGGAAGUUCAGACAGGAGCAAAUGAAGUUGCUUGGCCAGAUUAAGCCCAGGAGGUGGCAGCAGUUGCAGUUUCUUAAAAGACCAAUUGCAAGAUACAGAGGGACAGAAAAUGCUGUUAAGACUCCCGAAGCAUCGCAAACUAAGAUCUCUACCUCCACCACAGCUACACCUACUUCCCAAACUGUAUAAUUAACUUGUCAAUAUAUAUAUUUUUAAUUAUUAUUAAUUUUCAAUUGUUAUUGCCGAGUUUAUGCCUUAGGAAGGUUACUGUUUCCAAACAUGAUUAGUUUGUACUUGUCUUCCUUGUGCUUGUUGCUUUUAAAAGGAAAGUUUAUACUGUGAAA